CUUGGCGCAGCACCACUCGUCGCAAGUCCGCUACAUCUUUGCGCCCGUGAGCUGUCACUGAGCAAAAGGGUUUUCCCCUUGCUCUCGUCCGGACCCCGAUACUGAUCAAAAGCGUCUUUUCCCGAUACUGUCCAUCGCGCCCUUCGAACCCUCUUCCUUCUGCUUGCUGCAGCCGCCGCCGCCGCAGCCAUGGCCGAGCCGAUCCCCGACAGCCUGCGACAGGCAGACAUCACGAGAUUCAUCAAUCGCGCAAAUCAGCUGCGGCAGCACAAACCUGUGGUGACCUACUGGUGCGAAUACUGGGUGGUCAACCAAAUCCUAGCCAAGGGUCUGCACAAUGUCGACGAUGAGAGUCUCUCAUACACGACAAAUCUUAUGGAUAAGCUUGAGCAGACCAAAACCGAGAACGCUCAAGAAGAAGCCAUCACCGACGACACAGUUGGGCAAGCAUAUGUCGAGCAAUUCGCACAAGAAACUCUCGACAGGGCAGAGAAGGUUAUGCGCGCGAAUCGCGUCACCAGGCAAACCGCUGAUACCUUCGAUGCCGCUGCAACCUUCCUCCUACUGGGCAAUAUUUGGGGACCUGUAGACGAAGAAACGCUCAAAAAGGUCAAAUAUGCAAAGUGGAACGCUGCUCGGAUACUCAAGGCUUUGAAGGAGGGCAAGGAUCCCAACGAGUCGAACCCCAAACAGGAAGAGCCCGCAGCCGAAGAUGUUCUUCCUGCGCUGGAUCCUAACGACCCAGACGUCCAAGGAUUAACGUCCCCAAAGCCUGCGUCCGUCGAGGACGACCCGGAGACCGAGUUUUACAAAAAGGCAUCGGCACCGAUAGAGACCGCGCCGACAACCAAGCCCAGCGAGCCUGAGCCUGCCCAGUCCAGCGUGCUCGAUCUUCCAUCAGUGCCGUCGGCAAACGACCUCAACCCGCCGGCACCACAGACUCAGGGCUACUUUGACCCUCCCGAACAGUUCCCGCCAUCUCCCUUGAGCCAAUCCGGCGUAAAUGACUCUUCCGCCAAGGCAAACGAACCGUCAGCCCCUUCUCCUUAUGCCGCAUCCUCGACCGGCCCGUCAUUCAGCCCGGCCAACACUGCGUCGCCGUGGCAGCCGCCUCAGAUACCCCCUCCUAAUGUAACCAAGUCGCCUCCACCUCCGGCGCCUCAGCAAUUCAAGCCACCGCCGAUUGUACCUCAGCCCAGAGCCGAGGUGGCUGCCGGUUCACACAAGUCGUGGGCACCAAGCAGUGCACCUUCGGAUGAUAUGGAUUUGCCAAAGGCACAGAAGCACGCCAAGUGGGCUAUAUCUGCGCUCAACUUUGAAGACGUGCCGACGGCAGUGAAGGAGCUGCGCAAUGCACUAGCUGCCUUGGGGGCUCAGUAGAAUCCCUAGCGGCGCCAUCAGUUGAACUUUAGAUUUUUGGGAUAUUGAAAGAGCGUCCAAGAUGGUCCAUGAUCCCAUAUUGAGUGAUUGCCUCGAUGGAGUGAGGCCAAGGAGUCGGACAUGGAAAUUCUAUAUUAAGGACUAGCACUACAUGCGCAAGCCUUUGUCUAAUUACAUGCAUCUCAUGCAGCCCCUCCGUUUACGCGAAUGGUCUGCCCCGUCACCCAAGAUGAUUCCUUUCCUGACAAGAAGAUGG